AUGCUCACUCCUGCGCCUGCCGAACCCCUGCCCUGUUGGAAUGCCCAGCUGGCUGCCAAGUACAGCCUGCAGCAAGAUAACGUGCAGAGGGUGAUUUCAAUCACAAACAGGGUGACGCUGGACCAGGCCUGGUGGAACCCCUCCCGCAGCAGCAAGCCGCAGACGUUCAAGAGCCGCCUGACGGCAGCCGACCUGGACUCCACAGGGAAUGGCGCGCGUUGCGACUUCUGCGCAUGGGACGCGCUGACCGCGCGGGACGCGGGGUUUGGGCGCGUGGAGCUGCCCGGGGCGGUGACGGGGUCAAACCUCUUCAAGUACGCCGAGCCCUCCCACGGCGUAGUGCUGUUCCGCCGCCACGACCCCCUGGCGUUCGGGCCCCAGGAGCUAUCCGACCUGCUUGACGCGUCGUGGCUCUGGUUCCAGCAAUCUGCCGGGGAGUACGAACAGCGGCAGCAGCAGCAGCAGCAGCAGCAGCAGCAGCAGAAGCAGCAGCAGGGGCAGGACGGCGGGCCGGCCGGUGGGAUCGGAGAGGGCUACGGGGAAGAGGAGGGGGGCCGGCUGUGGCCGUUCUUCCUGUGGAACUGCCUCCCCAGGGCGGGCGCGAGCCAGUACCACGGGCACGCGCAGGUCGCGCUCACGCGGGCGCCGGUGCCGCAGCAGGCGCACCUGGCGGCGGCGGCUGCGCGGCACCGGGGCGGCCCCGUCGGCGGCGGCAGCGCAGAGAGCUUGUCCACGGACGACGGCGCGGGCGGCGACGGCGACAAAGGAGGAGGGGGGCCUGGAUUUUGCUUCUACUCGGACCUGCUGUGUGCCCACAGGGCGGCCGGGCUGCUGCGGCAGGUGUCGGUGGCACAGCCACCUGGCGCGGGCGGGGGAACAAGCAGCGGCAGCAGCGGCAGCAGCAGCAGCCUGAGCAGCAGCGACGGCGGAGCCGCGGCCGCGGCCGCGAGGGAGGGCCACGCCUGGGGUUUUGCGUCUCUCGGGCCCCACCACUGUGAGCUGCCCUUUGCCCUGCUUGGCCGCGCCUGCCUCAGCGCUGAGGCCCCCCGCAAGGACUGUGAGUUGGUGGUGGUUGGCAGCCACCUGGGCUGCGCCGCCUUCAAGGCUCUGCUCUACGCCGCCCUGCGCGCUCUCAUCGACGGCCUCGGCUGCGCCACGUUCAACGCCGCGGCCCUCAACGUCGACUUGUCGGUGCCGCACCCGCACGGGCCCGCCCUCGACCUCCGCCUAGCAAGCACCAGCAGCCGCAGCAGCAGCCGGAACGGCGGUGGCGACGUCGACGGCGGCGAUGGCCCCGCGAGCGGCGGCCGCCACGGCGUGCUGCCGCUGCCUGUCGACGAGCUGUGGGUGCCGGGCGCGUUCCCCGCGGGCCGCCCGCCGGUGGUGGCGCGCCUUGUGAGCCGCGGCAAGCUGGACAACGCCGCGAGCGACUUUGGCGGGCUGGAGGUGUUUGGGGGCGCGUCGAUCGGCCACACCGACCCCUACAGGGUGGCUGCGGCGCUGGAUCAGCAGCUCGCGGCGCUGGCGGCGGCGGAAACGGGCUGA